CUCGAUCUCGACGACCCCUUCCCGACGAAGCAAAGCAAUCGAGCCCGCCGCGCCGCCGCCGCCCACGCUCCACGACGCGGCACCUCCGUUAUGUCAAGGUGUGCUGAGUCACGAAAGAUGGAUUGGGGCUUUCAGCUGAAUCCAUACGCUGCUCCGUUCGUGCCUUCCUCCAUGACCAGCUCAAGCAGCAGCUUGAAUCAGAGGACCUGCUCCGAGAACCAAUCAGCUGGUGAAGCUGGCAAGACCGAGACCGCCGACAGAUCCGCCGAGUACGACCUCCCGGACUCGCUCUCCUUGGAUUUCUACGCCGAGAGCCUAGCGAAGCUCAACAUCUCCGGCGAGUCCUCCUUGAAUGGAGACGCUGCUGACAGCGCGUUGCUCGAUCCGUCAGAAUAUUUGGGGAGCGAUCCGGACAUCCACCUCCCGAGCGUGGUGGCGUAUCUCUCCCACAUGUUCCCCAAUGUCUCUGCCGACUUCAUCGUCGACGCGCUGAAGCUCCAGGAGUUGGACGUGGAUCUCACCAUCGACAUGCUUUCUCACUUGGAAAAUGGCACCCCGAAGCGUCAGCAUUGGGGCGCCGAGAAGUCGCCGAAAGGCGCCUUCGCCGCCAACCUGCAAGAUAAAUGACUGUGCUCUCAGCUGCAUCUUCAUCGCCAAGAUUGGAUGUACCUCCUCUAAAAUAGAGGGUGGAUGUAUACUUGGUACUUGGUAGAGUGAGUGUGAAGUUCUUGCGGCCGUACGGGGUACGAUCAUCCUGAAGAAGACCUGGAGUGAUUCAGUCAGGGGCAGAGGCAACAAAGACCAAUGUCUUGCCUUGUUGGGACGGUUGUUUUCGUUUUCGAAUUCUUCCGUCCCACCAUGCUUUCAGCUCCACCAUUUUUAUCGUACUCAGCUGAGCUCUUCUAUCUGGUGAUUUGGAAGUCAGGGAUCUUGUACUGCAUGCAGUCUCUCUGUUCUUGUACAGCUGCACUGUCAACCUAUCCAUCGCCUGCCAGCAGGUAACAGCGACCGUUGGUUUCUGCUGCCUUCCACUGCGUUCAGUGUGGUCAGGUGAACCAUUCAUUUGUGUGUGUCUGAACUCUGAUGAGUGCCUGUCUUUACUUACAAGAUCGGAAUGAGCACGAGGGCAAGCAAGCUAAGCGUCAGCAUUGAUGUGCAGCUGGAGGGUAUGCAGUUUGUGCUGGAUGCGACAUGAACUUUUCAUGUGUGUGAACCAAACGCAACCCAAGAGUGGAUUGCACGAGAUAUGAAUUACUUGAUUUUUCUUGCGUAGUUUAAUAGGCUGAAAAAGUUU